AGUAUAAAGUAUGGUCUCAUGCGAUACAUACCGAAAUCCCCGCACCUGUUUCAGUCGGUGUUGAAGUAAAAAGAGAUAAACAAUAUAUUUCCCGAGGCUAGGGUUCUUGCAAACAAUGCACUUGCCCAAACUGGUGAAUCAUCUUUAGAACUGCAGCAUCAACGAGAAAUUUCUUAUCAGACUGUAUAUCGUGAUAGAAGUCUACGAAUAAGGCACAGUGCGCUAUGCCAACCUGAGAUCUUUUUCAUAGAGGAUUUAAUUUGCAGUCGUAUCGAGAGAGUAAUUGUUAUUCGUUCGAGAAUUGUCGUGCAUUCGAAUGUACUCUGAAUAUCAUCACGUCAACGCACUUAAGUGUUAAUUCUAAUUUUUACUAAAGAAUUACAUAAUGUAUGUGCAUGAGUCACAGGGUGAAUAGGGGGGACGUGCAAACGUCAAAAUCGUGCUGCAGCGAUUUUCUUGCAGUUUAGCUUGGAUUUGGGCAAGAACCUAUAAUAAGGUUGCGAUGAAUAAGAAGCAUUAUGCAAGUUUCCAGUGAGCAGGGAGAAUAUUAUUAAGAAAUGGCAAUAACCAAAUUGAAAAUACUAAAGUGUAGGUGCAUGAUUUUAUAGCUGUGGAAACUACCAUCGUCUUAUUUAUAACUUACAACCAGCACCACCUCCACCUCUCUCAAGUUUGCCAGAGGCACCUAUGUGUGAAAAAACUGAAGUGAGUGAUGCAGAUUCUCUGCCUCCUUGGGCUAAAAUUACCCUUACAUCUGCCGAGGCAGAAAUUGAAAAGCUGAUAGCUCGAAAUGAGUUAAAAGAUGCAGAAGUCACAUAUUUUUGUCAAGUUGAACCCAUUUUGCAAGAUGGACCACAAUGUGGUUUAGUUGCACUUGCUAUGGCAUCGCAAGAAUACACAAAGCCAGUUUCAGUGAGUCAACUUUUAGCUGAAGCUCGUGUAAGAGGCUUCACUCAACAUGGAGAAGUGUACAGCGUUGAUUUCAUGGGUACACUUGCAGCUGAAUAUUUACCUGAUCAUAGACCAGAUAUUUUAGUAGAUUUACAGCAAUGUCCAGAUACAUUGACACAUGCUUUAGCUCAUGGUGCAAUGGUAUUAAUUCCAUAUGAUUCUGAUUUCAAUCAUGCUCCAUGUUUAAAAAGAGGUCAUAAAGCUCAUUGGGCACUACUUGUGGGUCUAAUUUCAUCAAGACAAGGAUAUCAUGUCUUAGCACGUCACGGAAAAUCACGUCAUUUAGCUUGUUGGCCUUUGCGUGAUUUAAUUGAAAGCAAUGGUAAUUUAGAAGAGGAAGGAACAGCUAGACAUGCUGGGGGAUAUGUAAUACCAAAAGGAGGAGUCGGAGGUCAGAGAGGUUUACGCGGUAGGGCACUGGCGUUGCAUCCAUACAUAUAAGAUCAUGUACAAGAAUUGUAGGUAAUUAAUAUCACAGCGAAAGACAGAAAUUACUAUUAUAAUAUUACCGUAUCCACGUUACAGUAUAUGGUAAAUAUUCAAAGGCAUAACGUUUGCACAGCUGCUAUGAAAUUUAAUUAUUUGUAAAAUCGUGAUGCUUUUAAGUAACAUAUGUUUCAACUUGCGAUGCAUUUUCGGUCAACAUUCGACGAGGAAUAAUAAAAUCCUCAAAUUCGGCAUUAGGUGUAAAAUGGGCGAUAUAUCAUUCGUUGACACAGUGUAAAUAAUGAUUUAUUAUGUAUGUUUGAUUUAUAUGCACUUGAAUGGUAUGAAAGAUUUUUCUUUCGUUAUUUUGACGUAUCGAGCUUUUCCUGUGGUACUAUAUGUGCUGAGCGUAAAUUGAGAAAAAAACGAGCAUGUACACGUGCAUGAAAGAAACAAACGUGAAAAAGAAAAGUCGAUAAAGAAUAUUUGCAUAAAAUAAAUAUCUACGUGUAUUAGCUAGGAUUUAUCAGAAUCGUAAUACUAGCCAGAACAAAAAGAUCUAAGUAAUAUUUAUUUAGCGAAAAAACCAUAGAUUUUCAAUUAAUAAUUAUGAAUCUUUGUUUUAUGUUAACAUUGUGAAUAAAGACUAAAUCUGUAGCAAGA